GUAGAUGUCAUUCUUUCUUUUCAUACUGUGCUCGGGCAAAUCCGGGGUGUUGGACUUUUUAGUUAUUUUUGAAAAUGUUUGUUGGAUUUUGAGGGUUUCUCCCCCGCUUCUACAUUGGAAAUUGAGUGAUUCUGUAACUGAAGUACUAUCUUUUGAUUUCUUUUCUCCUUUGAUUUUCUUUUUUUGAUUUGGCACCAGUGUUCUCAGUAGACAUAGUGUCAGGCACAGUGAAAGUGACAACUUUUUUUUUCAAUGCUUGUUGGUUUCUGGGAUUUGAUAUUCAUUCAAGUGUAGUGCGUUUGGAAUAAUGAGUUCUGAUAGUAAUCCAUCCAAAUCCGAGGUUCUCAGCUGGGAUUCACAACGGUUAGCAGACUUUCUGAAGAAACGGAAUCUUACCGGCUGUGAUAAGGUCGUGACACGGUAUAACAUCAAUGGACAAAGGUUCCUGAGUUUGUCUGACAAUGACCUUCAAAAGUUCCCUAAGCUUCAUGUGCCGCUCAUCUCAAAGAUUUGUCAGGAAGUCAACAAACAGAAGAAGAUGGGAUUAUUUCAGUCAAUUCCAUCAAAAAGGCCAUCACCAGUUCCCAGCUUCCCACAACCACCAGUUGAGCAGCAUGAUGAUCAACCAUGGGACCCUGAUGAGUUUGAGAGUGAUGAUGACUACGAGAAUCCUGAUUCGAACGAUGAAGGUGAAGCUAGCGGUGGAGACUAUGAGUCCCCAGAGGAAGGGUCAGACAGCGAUAACAGCUACGAGCCUCCGCCGACCGAGCCUAAUGAAGACACGGCGCAGAUCUGCCCCGCGAAACCCAUGGAAAACAGCGAAUAUAUUGAUAAUAACCGCAGACGUGGAGUGAGCAGAAUUAAUCCGCCUGUCCCUCCAGAGCGCCCUGGCCCUGGCCCUGGACCCGCUCCCCCUACCAUGGAGCGGCCAAGUGUUGCACUACCUAUGAGAGAUGAGCGGCACGUAAAAAGACCCCCAGCGCCUGCCGUGGACCGCAGUAAAAAGCCAGGAGCUCUGGAAAGAGGCCCGCCUCCUGCUGUAGCAGCCGGAAGAGGCACAUGCUCACUUGACAGAGUUGUCCAACCACCAAGAAGACACCCUGUAGUGGAGCCGCCAGGAGCGGACCCAAUGAGAAUUCCCAAACCAAACUCAAUUCCUCCACCAGGGGUGCGCAGAAGUGCCUCUGCUGUGACACCAGGCUACUCUCCAAACAGACAACCUGACCAAAGAAAAGAGUUUCGUGAUGACACUGUCAGGCACAACUCCAAUACAUUUCCACUGCACACCAGGAACCCUUCACCAAGACCGCCAGGAACCCACGGACAGUCCUAUCCAACAGACAAUGUUCACCCAAGUCGAUCACUACCAGCAAAACUGCCGGAGGCAAUAAGCGAUCACCAAAGAAGCGCAAGAGCACCAGAUAUGGGCGGCAAGCAGGACAUGGAUCCAGCUUGGUAUGUGGGUCAGGUCUCCCGCAGUGAAGCAGACAACUGCCUGAGGAGAGUUAACAGGGAUGGGACGUUCCUUGUGCGAGACAGUUCGAACCGAUCUUCAAACCAGCCUUACACGCUUGUGGUCUUGUACCAGGAUAAAGUUUACAACAUUCAGAUCCGCAGAAAUCAAAACGGAUUCAUGCUAGGCACUGGUCUGAAAUCCUCAGAGCAAACUUUUGACCGGGUCAGCGACAUUAUCAGCCAGCACAAACACAUGCCACUGCUUCUCAUUGAUGCUAAGAACCGAGAAGCAAGCCAGCAGAACCAGUGUGCUCUGAUUUAUCCAGCUAGAUAUUAAACAUUUAUUCUACAUCAUGAGACUAACAUUUCCUUCUAAAAUCAGCACACCAUUCAUAACUGUCAAAAGGUCUGUAAAAAUAUGACUGGUAGUCUGUAAAACAUUAUAUAGGUCUACGUUUUGAAUGCAUAGCUGCACAUUCCAUAUACCGAAUAGCCUACGUGUUCAUAUUAAAAACCAAAUGAUAAAUCAGUAGGCUACUUUAUCAAUAUUAGGACCGUUUUCGUUAUUUCUCAAACUAAUGUCUUUGUCUUUUAUUUUCAGUUGUACUCGAUUUAAAGUGUCUAUUUGUUAUGUUAUAUUUGUAUGAUCAUGAAAUAGGAACUGUAUAUUGACAAGGCAAUAAAGAUUUUAUAAUUCUA